AUGGAGGAAGAUGAGGGACUAGAUAGUGGCAAUGAGGAUGAUGCUUUGGAUAUUAAUUUUGAAGAUUUUGAUGAUGAUGUGGGUAUGAAUAAAGACAUGGUAGUUGCUGAAGAUGUGGUUCAUGAAGAGGGUGAGGUUGAGGUGAAAAGGAAUGAAAAAGGGAAGAAAAAGGGAACGGGUAAAUGUAAGGGGGAGGGUAAAGGUAAAUGGAAAGGUAAAGGUAAAGGGAAAGGUAAAUGGAAAGGUAAAAGGAAAGGGAAGGGAAAAGGUAAAAUGGGAAGACCACCUAGGCAACCAAAGAAGUGUGAAGGAAGUGGUGAAGUAAUUAUUUCGGAUGAUUGUGUUGAUGAAGAAGAAACAAAUGUAAAAUUGAAAGGUUUGAGUGACAUUGAGGAUGAAAAAAAAUGA